UCCCCACACCGCCGCUGCCGCCUCCAUCUUCUCCGGUUCGGGUUUCAGCUCCAGAACACCGUCAGACAUGUGGACCGGGCCGGAAACAACGGAAGCCGUGUAACUGGAGCUGAACCAAAACGUCCUAGUCCAAACAUGUCCAUCUGCAGCCUCCGUAUCGAUGACUGCGGGUAUCGAUGGGGGGCGGGUUGCGGGGCGGGUUGCGGGCGGACCGGGCCGCCUAUAAAUGGAGCAGGUUGCGGGUUUGUCUCACCUGGGCGAACCGGAGCAUCUUCCAGCAGCAGCAACAGGUGCGUGAGAGUCACCGCCCCGCACGCGCCCGCAGCUUGCAGUGACUUUUCAACCUGGACGUAAACCUGAAGGUCGUCGCGUCCCGCAGCGAUGAGCCUCCAGUUGGUGCUGAUGUUUGGCGUCGGGGCCGCGCUCCUCCGCGUGGACGCGCGCGUCCGCCUGAACUCCAUCAGGACCGUGAUCCUGUCUGAAGGCCACGCGCUGCCCGUGAACAGGAGCGCGUGGGGACGUGGCGUGGACCUGACGCUCCACCAGUGCAUGAGCGACCUGGAGUGCACCAUGGGAAAAUACUGCCACGUCCCGACCAGAGGCCCCGCCCAUUCCCGCUGCCACGCCUGCCGCAGGAGGAGCAGGCGCUGCGUCAGGGAUACCAUGUGUUGCCCCGGCAACCGCUGCAGCAGCAACGUUUGUGUUCCUGAGCUGGUCGGUUUUUGGCCUCAGAGUGUCCUGGACGCUGACGGAGACAUGAACCCAGCAUCUAACAGAGGAUGGAGGAAACGAGGGAGGGUGAACCUUAAAGGGUCUUCUGCUACAGGUCAGGUAGGCGACCUGUGCCUCCGCUCCUCUGACUGCUCAGACGGGUUGUGCUGCGCUCGCCACUUCUGGGCCCGGAUCUGCAAGCCGGUGUUGCGGGAGGGCCAGGUUUGCACGCGUCAGCGGCGUAAAGGCCACCAGGGCUUGGAGCUGUUCCAGCGCUGCUCGUGCGGCGCCGGACUCACCUGCCGGGCCGCGCCGGACCCAAACAGCCAGACUCCGCCACCGCGGCCAUCUUUGCUGCUGGACCAAGCUGCGAAAUCCAAGUUUGAGGUUUCCCCUUCCUUGUCUCGGCACGCCUCUUCCCACACCUCGGUGCUGGGCCGCGACCUCGUCGUCUUCAGUGGCGGCGAAGACGAGACUCCAUGUGUGUCAGAGGAAAUAAGGUGGACACAAUAACGGACUGAUGGAGGGAUGAACGGAGCAAAUCUCCUCUGUCUGUGAUCGAGGCCUGAGGCAACGAGAGGCAGACAGAUUUGUAAAAGAAAGAGUGAAUUACAUUCCUGUUUACACUUGUGAAAUUCCCUGAGUGUCUCCUUCAAUAUCUGGGAGGUCACCAGCUUCCUGUCACGCCAGCUGAAGGAGAAAGGAAACUUUUAGACAUUGGGAUGUGAUUUCCUUCUGGGCGUCUAGACAAACCGAAACCGCUUUGAAAUCCAGUCUGACCCCAACAACACAACGUUGAUGCAUAUCUGAUCUAAUUCACACAUUGUUUUCACUCUUCAUCACUAAAUCUACAAAGAAACCGAGUUCAGAUAUCUGGUCACUUUAGCAUAAAAUAUUAGUCAAUUUAGUCAACAUUUGAAUUAUGUUUUCAAUAAAUAACUAUUCCAUCUUUAUAACAUUGUAAACAGGUUCCAUCGCUCUGACUCCAAUCCAGCCGUUCACCAUUCCUUUCACAUUCUGUUUUAAACUUAUUAAAAAAAACAUUUUGUGUCAAUAUUAUCAUACUUUUUACAUUUUAACUAAUUUUACUGGGUUUAUUCUCUGAGUAAAAACUAAAUGAAUGAAUUAAUUUUUUCCAGACUGUUUUAUUGCACUGAUAUUUUGAAUUGGUUUUCUAUAAAUAUUGUAUUUUGUGGUAAAUCUGGGUGAAAUUAUUCACAUUUAAUGAGUUUAACUGAAAGUUUAUUAAAUGUUUUGUGAAUAAAUUUUUCUUCUUGCUAUAGUUUUCUGUUUUGUGCUAAAAGCACCUUUACUACACAACCCCUCUGAACCCUAUUUACCGUAUUCUCUGCUUCAUUUCUCCCAAUAGAUGUUAUGCUAGCUGGCUAAGCUAGCACUAGCCAGCAGUCUCUUCCUGGAUUCAACCAUUUCCAGUUAUGAGCUUCAAACUGUUAACUUUCUGGGUCACAGAUAUAAAUUAAUGUUGGGCUCAAAUACACCUGAUUUUAUGUGUAUUUUAUCUAUAUUUGACUUUAUGUUUUUGCUAGCAGCUAGCUUGUAUUAGCCAAGUUUAUUGAUAAGACUUGACACAGAAUAACAAUAAAGCUUUUUAAAAUCCUUUUUUUCGUCAUUGAGAUGUUUGUAAUUUCUAGUUUUAACUGAUAUUAUCUAUGAGCCAGAGUUUCCUUAAGUGCU